GCGGCGCGGGCCCGCAGCCGGGCGCCCCGCACAGCCCCGCGCCUGCGGCCGCCGCACCCAGCCGCGCGCGCCGGCGAGGACAUGGGCUGCCGCGGCGCGCCCGCCCCCCGCGCCGAUGUGAAUUAUUAAAAAGAAAAUGGCCCAACGGAGCACUGUAUUUCCUUCUCUUGUCACCGAGGAAAGGUAUAAUAUAUGGAAAAUAUGCAUCUAAGGCGAGUUAGAACCAUGCCCCGACACAGCCAGUCGCUGAGCGUGGCACCCUACUCAUCCGUGAGCCUCGUGGAGCAGCUGGAAGACAGGAUCCUGUGCCAUGAGAAGACGACGGCCGCGCUCGUGGAGCACGCCUUCCGCAUCAAAGACGACAUCGUCAACAGCUUGCAAAAGAUGCAGAACAAGGGGGGAGGCGACCGCCUGGCCAGGCUGUUCUUGGAGGAGCACAUCAGGAACAUCACCGCCAUAGUGAAGCAGCUGAACCGGGAUAUCGAGGUACUCCAGGAGCAGAUCCGGGCCAGGGACAACAUUAGCUACGGAACUAAUUCUGCCUUAAAGACCUUGGAGAUGCGGCAGCUCUCAGGUUUGGGAGAUCUUCGAGGAAGAGUGGCAAGAUGUGAUGCCAGCAUAGCCCGACUCUCUGCUGAGCACAAGUCGACCUAUGAGGGGCUCCAGCACUUGAACAAAGAGCAGCAGGCUGCCAAGCAUAUCCUGGAAACGAAAAUCAAAGACGCGGAAGGGCAGAUCUCUCAGCUUUUGAACAGAGUGGAUUUGUCAAUAUCAGAGCAAAGCACCAAACUGAAAAUGUCCCACAGAGAUAGCAACCACCAGCUCCAGCUCCUGGAUACUAAAUUUAAAGGUACAGUUGAGGAACUCAGUAAUCAGAUUUUGUCUGCACGGAGUUGGUUGCAACAGGAACAAGAACGAAUAGAAAAAGAGCUUUUGCAGAAAAUUGACCAGCUUUCCUUGGUUGUGAAAGAAACCAGUGGAGCCAGCGAGAAGGACAUGGAGAAGAAGCUCAGCCAGAUGUCAGCCAGGCUAGACAGAAUAGAAGAGAGCCAGAAGAAGACUCUGGAUGGGCAGAGAACAAAGCAGGAAGAGGAGAAGGUGCAUGGGCGAAUCAACAAGCUGGAGAUGCAGAUGAGUGAGGACAUGAAGGAAAUGAAGGCGGAAGUUCAUGCUGGGUUUACAGCCAUCUAUGAAAGCAUAGGAUCCCUCAGGCAAGUUCUCGAGACCAAGAUGAAGCUGGACAAGGACCAGCUCCAGAAGCAAAUCCAGCAGAUGCAGAAGCCGGAAGCUCCCGUGUGAAGGAGCAGGGACAAGGACCUGGGGGCGGGGCGGGGGGUGGGUGAUGUCUGCCAGCGGGGCUAGGAGCAAGAGACCUCUGUGGCCAGGCCGUUGCUACAUUCAGCACUGUUCACCC